GUCAGGGGUUGGUAAAUGCUGGAGCUGGCCAUCUGGGUCAAGUCCCUGACCAGGCCGUGGGGUGGGAUUAAUUCUAUUUUAUAGGUAAGGCACCUGAGAUCCAGAUAGGAUAAAUGCACCAUUGUCACAGUUAGGAGAGAGGUAGAGAGGAUUUUAGAAGUUUUCCCUUUGGAUGCAGCCUCCUUCAGUUUGAGGGAAGAGGGAUCACUAGAGGAGUGGUGGUGAGGCGGCAGGGGUCCUCCUAGACUUAACUGUCCUUCUACUGCCCAGCGUCUGUAAGGGCCUGAGGAUAAGGCAGCGCUGGCUGAGGGUCUCCUUGGGCGAGUUCGUAGGGAAGGAACUCUGGGUCCUGAGGGAGGAGACUUCUAGGGCCAUGGGCUGCACCUACGGAGUGGGGCUGGGCCCUUCCUGGGUGUUGGGGACUGAGUAAAGGUGGGAGAGAACCAGAGAGUCCUGAGGGACUCUCUUGGUGGGGAGGGAAGGUGGAAGGGUCAGACAGACACUCUGUCUUUGAGGGGUUUUCAGUGAAAUGAGGGAAAUGAGACUCCCACCCAGGAAAAUAACACCCAGGGGGCAGUAGUGAGAUGAAUUAGGAGGGGCUGGUGUGGUCAGGGAGCUCUGGUGGCACAGUGGCUAAAGCACUCAGCUGCUAACCAAAAGGUCAGAAGUUCGAAUCCAGCAGGUGCUCCUUGCAAACCCUUUAUGGGGCAGUUCUACUCUGUCUUAUAGGAUGAGUUGGAAUUGACUCAAUGGCAAUGGGUUUGGUUUUUUUUUUUUUGAUUGGUGUGGUCAGAGAGGGCUGCUCAGAGAGGGGGUAGCUUGUGGCCCAAAGCCUAGGGGAGAGUAAGAUGGUCUGGGAGCAGUGUCUGGGGAAUGCAGAGGGCAAGGUGAGCAGGGAGGCUGGCCUGGACCUCCGCCGUGAGUCACACUCUUGUUCUGUGACAGUGAGGAUGACCAGACCCUUGGAGCAGGCGGUGGCUACCAUCGUGUGUACCUUCGGGGAGUAUGCAGGGCGCUGUGGGGAUAAGCAUAAGCUCUGCCAGGCGGAGCUCAAGGAGCUGCUGCAGAACGAGAUGCCCACCUGGACCCCGAUGGAGUUUCAAGAGUGUGACUACAAUAAAUUCAUGCGUGUUCUGGACACCGACAAGGACUGUGAGGUGGACUUCGCUGAGUACGUGCGUUCACUAGCCUGCCUCUGUCUCUACUGCCAUGAGUACUUCAAGGACUGCCCCUCGGAUCCUCCCUGCUCCCAGUAGCCUCUGCUCCAGAGGAAUGGGCCAGCCUGGAGUGCAGCGGUCUGGCCCACCUCUGCCCCUGAGGUGGUCCUGGGCAGGUCACCAUACCCCUCCCUGCCCUCUGGCCUGUACCUCUUUCAGUCUAGAGUCCCCCAGAUUCACCCCUGAUACGUUGACCCAUUUUACAAGGAAGCUCAGAGAUCUGAGGGACCUUGCCAAGGAUGCACAGCUGGUGGUGGGUAGAGCAGCGACUGGCUCCAUCCUGCCCUCUGAGGGCUGCACCUUCUACCUGGGGCCUGUGGGCCAGGGUGGGAAGAGGUGGGAGUCUGUUUUGAGGAAGUUAAGGCUCAGCAGAGUAUGGGCACACAGGAGACCAUGGAUGGGAAAGGGCCUAUUAACUCCUAAUAAAGAACUGGUGUCAGCUGGACUUGGUUUGGUUCUUCUGCUGAGAUUGUUGCUCCUUUCUGGUCUUUUCCAAUGAGGACAGGAGGCUGAGGGGAGGAGCCCUGAGUUCCCAGAGGACCCUGAAGGUAGUUUCAGACCCCAUAGAAAUGAAAGGGGCUGAAGUUUCCAGUAGGUGGGGCAGGGUCACACACAGGACUCCAGUCCUGGGAGGACCUGAGAAAGCCUCUCUUUCUCUGGGCUUUUUGAGGGAGAGGUCCCCUUGGGCUUUCAUGGAGGGCAGGAGGGCAGCCUAAGCUUCCUUGGGGACCAUGUUGCUGAACUCUGCCCAGUCAGGAUAUUCUGAGCAGGAGGGGAGGGGCUGUUGGGGGUGGG